CAAACCAAGGUAGAAUCUAAAGACAAGUGGAAUCCCUCGUAACGAAAACGCUACCUUCUUCUCUCUUUCUUUCUUUCUCGGAAAGUUCUUCUUCAUUUGUGAAUUCUCGUUGAAAUCGAUCAUCUUCGUUUGAUUAUCUCUGGUUCCUCCAGCUUCGCUCUCUCUUUGACAUCGAGAAAAAAAAAGAGAGAUUGUAAUAGAGGAUCAUAGGCUAUUGGGGGUUGACAUGGGUCAAACUUUCCGCAAGCUUUUCGAUACUUUCUUCGGCAAUCAGGAAAUGAGGGUCGUUAUGCUGGGUCUGGAUGCGGCUGGCAAAACAACGAUACUGUACAAGCUGCACAUAGGAGAAGUUCUGUCUACUGUUCCCACAAUCGGUUUCAAUGUGGAGAAAGUACAGUACAAGAAUGUGAUGUUCACAGUUUGGGAUGUUGGUGGCCAAGAAAAGCUCAGGCCCUUGUGGAGGCAUUACUUCAACAAUACCGAUGGACUUAUAUAUGUGGUAGACUCUUUGGACCGUGAGAGAAUUGGCAAAGCUAAGCAAGAAUUUCAGGAGAUUAUAAAAGACCCAUUCAUGCUUAACAGUGUCAUUCUAGUGUUUGCAAACAAACAAGACAUGAGAGGAGCCAUGUCUCCCCGAGAAGUAUGUGAAGGGCUUGGCUUAUUAGAUCUCAAGAACAGGAAAUGGCAUAUACAAGGCACAUGUGCUCUUCAAGGCGAUGGCCUCUAUGAAGGCUUAGACUGGUUAUCCUCUACGCUCAAAGAGGUUAGAGCAGCUGGUUUCUCAUCCGCUGGCCCCUUGUUUUAACAACAACAAAAACUCGUCAUACAACCAAAUCAAGCUCAUGGUGUCUCAAGUCUCUCUCCACCAUUAUAUAUACUUUUGAUCCAUAAACCAAAGUCUUCUUCUUGGCCUCUGACAUUGUAAUAUCACCAAAUCAAACCCUCUUGGAAGACCUUUUGUAAUGGAAGUGCCUUUUGUUUUGUGUCUUGAAAGCCAAUGUUAGUAUCAACUAUACUCACUGUUUGCAUGAUACAACACUUGAUCUUCAUUAUAUACACUGAUGAAAAAAUGUAAUAUUUACAAAAUUAUCGUUAAUUGUCACUUUGAAGCUA